UAUUCCCCCGUAAAACACAUGCUUCGUAGUCAGCAUCGAUAAUUAUUGACGAACCGUACAAAAUGAUGAAAUUAGUGCAUGCAGGAUUUAUUAUUUGCGCUUUUGCCGCUCUGGCAUCAGCCGCUGACCCAUGUGCUCCGGACUGCGAGGGGGUUCAAGGCUCUUUCCCUAACCCCACGGACUGUACGAAAUACUACCAGUGUGCGCAAGGGGUCGCCGUGCCCAGAACGUGCCCUGAUGGCACCUACUUCAACCCUACCUUCAGCAUUUGUGACCAUCCGGAGGAUGCAGGAUGUACCGCUGAUCCUGACUUCGAUUGCGGCGGAACAACAACUGAGGUGACUACCACUUCUGCGGUUGAGACCACCGAGGCUCUGGUGGACACUACGACUGUUGGUGGAGUUGAAACCACUGUAGAUACUGUUGAAACUACUGCCCCAGUAAACACAACUGUUGAACCAAUAGACACAACUGCUGCCCCAGUAGACACAACUGCUGCCCCAGUAGACACAACGGCUGCCCCAGUAGACACAACUGCUGCCCCAGUAGACACAACGGCUGCUCCAGUAGACACAACGGCUGGCCCAGUAGACACAACGGCUGCCCCAGUAGACACAACGGCUGGCCCAGUAGACACAACGGCUGGCCCAGUAGACGCAACGGCUGCUCCAGUAGACACGACUGCUGGCCCAACAUACACGACUGCUGCCCCAGUAGAUACGACUGUAACCACAGUAGAUGCGACUGUAACCACAGUGGAUGCGAUUGUAACCACAGUAGAGACGACUGUAACCACAGUAGAGACGACUGUAACCACAGUACCAGUUGAAUGCAUCCCGCCGUGUCCAUCACCAGAAGCCACUUACCCCAACCCACGCGACUGCAGCAGCUUCUUCCAAUGUUCAAAUGAUGAACCUCUUCUGAUGACCUGCUACCCAGGGCUGUACUUCAACCCUGCUAGUGGAAGGUGCGACUUCCCUGAGAACAUGGAAUGCACCGCCGGACCAGACGCUCCCUGCGUAGCCAUCACCGUCGCUCCGAGAUUUUGAGUUCGAUUUGGUUUCCAACAGUGGGAAUAAGGUGGAAUGGAAUGUGAAACUGUUUGCAAAUAUUCUUGGAGGCAUAAAAUGAUUUAAAAGUAUGAGCAUAUGGUGGCAGUUUUGAAAAAUAGCUUUUGAGCAUAUGGCGGCAUAUAUGAAAAAUAGCUUUUGAAAUAUAUGUAGCUUAUGAGUUAGAUUACGUUUCCUACAGUGGGAAUAUGGUGGAAUGGAGUGUGAAACUGUUUGCAAAUGUUCUUGGAAGCAUAAAAUGCUUUAAAGUAUGAGCAUAUGGUGGCAGUUUUGAAAAAUGGCUUCUUUUUUAAAAUAAAAUCUCUUAUUUGCAUGCAGAAGAAUCAGAUUUGAAAACAGAAAUAUUAAUAAUUUAAUUUGCCAACUGAUGCCUUGAUACUAAAUUU